AUGGCUUUCAUACAAACAGUUUCGUUGUUUACAUAUUCUUCCAGUCAAGUCCCAAUCUUCGAAGGCGAGCAUUAUGAAUACUGGAGCAUCCAAAUGCAAACUUUCUUCAUCUCCUUAGAUCUUUGGCAUGUCAUUGACGAUGAGGAGUACGAAGAACCAUCCGAAGACAAUGAAGAUUACGAAAAAUUGCAAAAAGAAUUUAAAAGAAAAGAUGCAAUGGCUCUCCGCUAUAUUCAACAAGGAGUCGGGAAAUCAAUUUUCCCUCGUAUCUUUGGUGUUAAAAAAGCCAAAGAUGCUUGGGAAAUAUUGAUGCAAGAAUUUCAAGGAAUGGAGAAAAUGAUCGCCUUGAAACUUCAAUCCUUAUGGACAGACUUUGAUAAUCUCCAAAUGGAAGAACGAGAAUCGGUUCGUGUUUUUUCUUCACGAGUAGCCGAGACAGUAAAUCAAAUCAAAAGCUGUGGUGACACAAUUACAGAUAAAAGAGUCGUGGAGAAAAUGUUAAGAUGCCUUCCUCCAAAGUUUGACCAUGUUGCAGCCGCAAUUGAAGAAUCGAAAGACUUGUCCAAAAUGACCAUUUAUGAGUUAACCGGGUCACUUCUUGCCCAUGAGCAAAGGAUCAAUCGUUCGAGUAACCAAUCUACUACCGAACAAGCUUUCCAAUCAAAGCAAACAUCAAAAGGAGGAUCGAACAACUAUGGAGAACACAACAGAGGCUCAAAUCAAACAAAACAAAAAGAUAGCUAUUGGAAGAAGGGUGACAAGCAAAGCAAAUGGAAAGGCAAGCAAACACAAAUUUCUGGUGGUAACAAUCCAACUUGCAUAAUUUGCAAAAAAAUGAAUCAUGAAUCAAAGGAGUGCUACUUUAGAUGCAAAAGGUGCAAGAUCCCCAAUCAUUCUCAAAGGGAUUGUUGGUUUCAAAAUAAAGAGAUGACAGAAAGAAAAAGUGCAGCAAACUUUUCUCAAGAGAAUGAAAAGGAAAUUCUGUUUUAUUCUCAAAAUUAUGAAAAUGGAGCUCAAAGCCCUUGGUAUUUGGAUAGCGGUUGUAGCAAUCACAUGACGGGGAAUCGCGACAUCUUUGUGGACCUUAAUCCAAAUAUUACUUCACAAGUAAUUCUUGGCGAUGGAACAUGUAGAGAUGCGGUAGGAAAAGGCACCAUUGCUGUCCAAAUUAAAGAAGGUAACAAGAAACUCAUCACAGAUGUUCUUUAUGUUCCCAAUCUUUCUCAUAAUCUCCUAAGUGUUGGACAACUUAUUCAAAGUGACUUCUCUGUCCACUUUGAUGAUGGUGCAUGUAAAGCAAGAGACGAAGAUUUGGUGUAUUUGUGGCAUUUACGAUAUGGUCAUCUUCAUGAAAGAGGCCUUCGUUUACUCCAAAUGAAAAACAUGGUGACGGGACUUCCUAACAUCCAACACAUAGACAAAAUAAAAAAUGGCAUCAAAAGACAAUUAACUGUGAGUCGAACUCCGCAACAAAACGGCGUGGCCGAAAGAAAAAAUCGUACAAUUGUUGAAAUGGCAAGAAGCAUGCUAAAGGGCAAAGGACUUCCAAAUCUGUAUUGGGCAGAAGCUGUAAAUACGGCAGUAUACAUUCUCAAUCGGUCUCCAACAAAGGCUGUACGGAAUAAAACUCCAUACGAAGCUUGGAACAAAAAGAAGCCAAUGGUUGAUCACUUCAAAAUAUUUGGCAGCAUUGCUUAUGCUCUUAUCCCUUCUCAAAAUCGGGAGAAAUUUGACGAGAAAGGACAAAAACUUGUCUUUGUUGGAUCUAGUGAUGAAUCUAAAGGAUAUUGGUUAUUAGAUCCAACUACAAACAAAAUUACAGUUUCACGAGACGUUGUUUUUGAUGAAGCUGCAUCUUGGGAUUGGAAAGGGAAAGAAGUUGUGGACCAGACACCAUACCAUUUUGUUGAUCCAUUAACAUUUCAAGCAGGUCCGUCACAAGUUGGAAAUUUAGAGCAUAAUCCAAACCCUACUCCAAGAAGUGAGGAAGAAUCUGAUCCAGAAAGCCCUCCAAGAAAGACACGUUCACUACAAGACAUAUAUGAGUCAUGUGAACUUGGGUUGUUCUCUAGGGAACCACAAUCAUUUGAAGAAGCCUCAAAAGAAGUAUGCUGGACAAAAGCCAUGAAUGAAGAAAUGUCCACAAUCGAGAAAAACAAAACUUGGAAGCUUGUUGCCUUGCCAGAAGGGAAGAAAAUCAUUGGACUCAAGUGGGUCUAUAAAAUAAAAUACAAUGAAGAUGGGUCGAUCUAA